GAGCUUUGUGUUCUGGACUCUCCAUGCUAUAUUUUUUUCCCGUGGAUUUUGUCAGAUUUUGUCAAAUGAGUUGUCCGUAUUUUAUUCUGAAAUAAAGAUCUAUCAAAGAAAACCCAGCUAAAAGACAGAAUGGAUUGGAACAGUACUCAAACACCACCUACAAAUGCAACAGAUUUCUUCCGACGUGUAUUGACAAAAACCCUUGAUGGCCUUCUUGAUCAAGUCGAUGGUGUCUCUAAGUACGAUCACGUCAAACAGUCUGUAAGAAGAAUUUCUCAGAUGUACAGGACAGGGCUGUCUCGUUCAAGCUCUGACUACCGAUCGGAUUGGAAUAAUGCUGCUAACCGAUGCGCCUAUGUCUUUCUGUACUUUAUGCAUCACUGUUACCUCGUGCAUCACUCUCUUCAUCAAAACGUGACUGAGAUCUCAAAAACGUUGAAAUACAAGCAUAGUAUGAAGACGUGUAGUAUUGGUGGUGGGCCAGGCUCAGACCUAGUUGGUCUCACUAAAUUCCUUCGAGAUACAAACCUCUUCCCAUCGUCGCUCCAUUGCCUUGUUCUGGAUUUGUUCCCAAACUGGAAACUCACUUGGGAUAUUAUUUACCAAACUCUACCAGAUGAUUUCCAGGUGACCUACAAGAGAUGUGACCUCGUCAGAGAUACAAGACUUCCAAGUGAUGUCCUCAGUUUCAUCAGAGAUGUAGAUCUACUUACGCUUGUUAAAUCCUACUCUGCGGUUUCAGCGUUCUUCCGAACUGACCCAAACCGAAGAGAACUACUGCGUUCUAUUCUCAAUGAGCUAAAGCACGGUUGUUUGGUGUUGUUUAUUGACAACAACUACCCAGGUGAUGGUUUUGAGCAGCAAUUUGCUUCCCCUGCUGGUCUGGACAUGGUAUUUCAAUUCCGAGGUAAACCCAAUAUGCCUCUUGGUUCUUACUCGAAUACUAUAAGGAACUUCUGCCAGAUUCUAGAUUUUCGUCCAAUGCGUGGCUGUGAUGUGAUCGUUCGGUUAUUCCGCAAAAACAUACCAAGGCAAGUUGGCGUCAGCAGUCUUCAGCCGAGAAUCCCCUUCAAUGACAGCGUUUAUCAACUAGCUCAACGUGAGCCACUACAUGACACCUUUCAGUCACCAUCACCGCCCUUUCAACAACCCUUAUCUUCUGGGAUAAUGUAUUCCAACAUCAACGCUCCAUUGCGUCAGCCUAAUCAAAAUAACCCCCUCUAUCAGCAUUUUCUCCAACAUCAGUUUCCUCCGGGCAGUACUAUCCAAAAUCCACCCACCAAAAGCCAAACUUUAUCAAGCAGCUCCUUCGGACAACCAAUUUCCCAACAUCGGGUUUCUCUAGGAAGCAGAGCCUUCCAAAAAUCAAUUUCCGAAAGCCAACCUUUAAGCAGCUCCUCCCAAUGGCCAACUCCCAAAAAUCAGUUUCCUGCAGACGGCGCCACCCCACCAACAACUUCCAAAAUCCAACCUUCCUCAAACAGCUCCUUGAAAGGACCAUUUCCCCAAGGUCAGUUUUGUCUAGAGAGCACCAUAAUAAAAUCCACAAGCCAACCCUCUUCAGACAUCCCCUUCGGACAACUUACUCAUAAACCUCAGUUUUGUCCGGACAGGGCCAUCCAAAAGACAACUUUCAAUAGCCAACCUUCUUUAAACAUCCCCUUUGGACAACCUACUCCCAAACCUCAGUUUCGUCCGGACAGGGCCAUCCAAAAGACAACUUUCGACAGCCAACCUUCUUCAAGCAUCCCCUUCGGACAACCUACUCCCAAACCUCAGUUUUGUCCGGACAGGGCCAUCCAAAAGACAACUUUCCAAAGCCAACCUUCUCCAAGCAGCCCCUUCGGACAACCUACUCAUAAACCUCAGUUUCGUCCGGACAGGGCCAUCCAAAAAUCAACAUCCAAAAGCCAACCUUCUUCAAGCAUCCCCUUCGGACAACCUACUCCCAAACCUCGGUUUCGUCCGGACAGGGCCAUCCAAAAGCGUUUCAAAAGCCAACCUUCUUCAAGCAUCCCCUUCGGACAACCUACUCCCAAACCUCAGUUUCGUCCGGACAGGGCCAUCCAAAAGCCUUUCCAAAGCCAACAUUCUUCAAGCUUCCCCUUCGGACAACCUACUGCCAAACCUCAGUUGCGUCCGGACAGGGCCAUCCAAAAGCCUUUCCAAAGCCAACCUUCUUCAAGCAUCCCCUUCGGACAACCUACUCUUCAACGUCAUAUUUCUCCAAGCGGCACCAUCAAAUAUCCAACCAGUCAACAUCAUAGUAAUCUGUCAUUCAAGAUUGAUUGGGCAUGUCGAUUGAACUGUCAUCAGGGGACAGCACAUGCUACACCAUCUAUUCACGAUGACAGCGACAACAGUAGAGAAAGUGAUGAGCAAAGUAUUAAGGGCGAAAAAUAUAUUUUGGAUUCUGCAAAAAGGCAUCAAAGUUUCGACGACGAAAACGAUGACAACGACAUCGAUAGUGACGACGACGGGGUUGAUACUGAAGACAGUGAUAUCGCCUAUUCAAGCAUCCCCUUCGGACAACCUACUCCUAAACCUCAGUUUCGUCCGGACAGUGACCAAAAGACAACUUUCAACAGCCAACCUUCUUCAAGCAGCUCCUUCGGACAACCUACUCCUAAACUUCAGUUUCGUCCGGACAGUGCCCACCAAAAGACAACUUUCAACUGCAAACCUUUUUCAAGCAUCCACUUUGGACAACCUACUCCUAAACCUCAGUUUCGUCCGGAUAGAGCCAUCCAAAAGACAACUUUCAACAGCCAACCUUCUUCAAGAAUCCCCUGCGGACAACCUACUCCUAAACCUCACUUUCGUUAUGACAUCGCCACCCAAAAAUCAACAUCCAAAAGCCAACCUUCUUCAUGCAGCUCCUUCGGACAACCUACUCCAAAACCUCAGUUUCAUUCAGACAGCGCCAUCCAAAAAUCAACAUCCAAAAGCCAACCUUCUUCAUGCAGCCUCCUCCAAUGGGCAACUUCCAAACCUCAGUUUCAUUCAGACAGGGUCACCCAGAAAUCAACAUCCAAAAGCCAACCUUCUUCAUGCAGCCUCCUCCAAUGGGCAACUCCCAAACCUCAGUUUCAUUCAGACAGCGCCACCCAGAAAUCAACAUCCAAAAGCCAACCUUCUUCAUGCAGCCUCCUCCAAUGGGCAACUCCAAAACCUCAGUUUCAUUCAGACAGGGCCACCCAGAAAUCAACAUCCAAAAGCCAACCUUCUUCAAGCAGCUCCUUCGGACAACCUACUCCUAAACCUCAGUUUCGUCAUGGCAUCGCCAUCCAAAAAUCAACAUCCAAAAGCCAACCUUCUUCAUCCAGCCUCCUCCAAUGGGCAACUCCCAAACCUCAGUUUCAUUCAGACAGCGCCACCCAGAAAUCAACAUCUAAAAGCCAACCUUCUUCAUGCAGCCUCCUCCAAUGGGCAACUCCCAAACCUCAGUUUCAUUCAGACAGCGCCACCCAGAAAUCAACAUCCAAAAGCCAACCUUCUUCAUGCAGCCUCCUCCAAUGGGCAACUCCAAAACCUCAGUUUCAUUCAGACAGGGCCACCCAGAAAUCAACAUCCAAAAGCCAACCUUCUUCAAGCAGCUCCUUCGGACAACCUACUCCUAAACCUCAGUUUCAUUCAGACAGUGCCAUCCAAAAAUCACCUUCCAAAAGCCAACCUUCUUCAAGCAGCUCCCUUGGACAACCUACUCCUAAACCUCAGUUUCGCCUGGACAGGGCCAUCCAAGAAUCAACUUUCAAUUGCCAACCUUCUUCAAACAUCCCCUUUGGACAACCUUCUCCCAAACCUCAGUUUCGUCCGGACAGGGCCAUCCAAAAGACAACUUUCAAAAGCCAACCUUCUUCAAGCAUCCCCUUCGGACAACCUACUCCCAAACCUCAGUUUCGUCCGGACAGGGCCAUCCAAAAGACAACUUUCAAAAGCCAACCUUCUUCAAGCAUCCCCUUCGGACAACCUACUCCCAAACCUCAGUUUCGUCCGGACAGGGCCAUCCAAAAGACAACUUUCAAAAGCCAACCUUCUUCAAGCAUCCCCUUCGGACAACCUACUCUUCAACGUCAUAUUUCUCCAAGCGGCACCAUCAAAUAUCCAACCAGUCAACAUCAUAGUAAUCUGUCAUUCAAGAUUGAUUGGGCAUGUCGAUUGAACUGUCAUCAGGGGACAGCACAUGCUACACCAUCUAUUCACGAUGACAGCGACAACAGUAGAGAAAGUGAUGAGCAAAGUAUUAAGGACGAAAUAGAUAUUUUGGAUUCUGCAAAAAGGCAUAAAAGUUUCGACGACGAAAACGAUGACAACGACAUCGAUAGUGACGACGACGGGGUUGAUACUGAAGACAGUGAUAUCGCCUAUUGGUAAUUGUCAAAGACUAGUCUUCACAGUUGGUGUAUCUCAACAUAUGUAUAAAAUAACAAACCUUUGAAA